AAAUUUUCCGUUUAUCUUCCCUUUCCCACGACUUCCAACCCCACACUCGAAACCCUAAUACCACCAAUUCCCAAACUCCACUUCACUAAAUCCCCUCUCUCUCUCUCUCUCUCCCCUCCGCAUCACACAAAUAUCUCUCUCUCUUUUUCCAACAACGCCUCGAACCCGGGUUUCUCAGACCACACCGAACCCACCGACGCACAAAUGCUCGGCGGUUUAUACGGCGAUCUCCCCCCACCUUCCUCCACCGAUGAAGAAAACCGCACGCCCAACAACUCAUCCAACGUCUGGUCCAGCAGCGCCAAGAUGGCCCCUUCCACGCUCCGCAAACCCGCUUUCCCCCCGCCCCAAACCCUCCUCAAACCCCAGCUCAAGCCCAAGCCGCCGCCGCCGAAGACAGUGACUUUGUCUGCCCCGACCCCGGACGACGGCGGCCGGAGCCUCGUGGGGGUCACGUCCACGGUUGUCGAGGAGUACGACCCGGCCCGGCCGAACGACUACGAGGAGUACAGGAGGGAGAAGAAGAGGAAGGCGGCCGAGGCGGAGGCGACGAGGGAGUUGGAGCGGAGGCGGCGGGAGGAGGAGGAGAGGGAGAGGGAAAGAAGAGAGAGGGAGGCUGCAGCCGCGGUCACAGAGAGGGAGAAGAGGGAGAGGGAGAGCGUUAAGAUAUCGGGGGAGGAAGCGUGGAAGAGAAGGGCGGCGAUGGGCGGGGCCAUGGCAGUGCCGCCGCGGUCGCCUUCGCCGCCAGGGUCGGGUGGGGACGGGUUUGCGAUAGGGAAGUCGGAGUCGGGCGGUUUGGGGAUCGGUGCGGGCGGGCAGAUGAGCGCCGCGCAGAGGAUGAUGGCGAAGAUGGGGUGGAAGGAAGGACAGGGGCUGGGGAAGCAGGAGCAGGGGAUUACUACUCCGUUGGUGGCUAAGAAGACGGAUAGGAGAGCCGGGGUUAUCAUCAACGCGAGCGAGAAGAAGGUCAAGUUUACACCUACUCGGGUUUUGUUGCUCAGAAACAUGGUGGGCCCUGGCGAGGUAGAUGAUGAGCUAGAAGACGAAGUUGGAUCCGAAUGUGCCAAGUAUGGGAUUGUGACAAAGGUCCUCAUCUUCGAGAUUACCGAGCCAAAUUUCCCAUCCGAUGAGGCAGUUAGAAUAUUUGUGCAGUUUGAGAGAGCCGAAGAAACAACCAAAGCGGUUGUUGAUCUUGAAGGCCGUUUCUUCGGGGGUAGAGUGGUCAAAGCUACUUUCUAUGAUGAGGAGAAAUUUAAUAAGAACGAGUUGGCUCCGAUGCCUGGGGAAAUCCCUGGUUUCUAAAUUCCAGGAGUAAGCUCCAGAUGUGAGUCAUAUUUGGCAAUCUUCAGAAUCCUCGGUAGGCAUGUACUUGAACUUUUUCUUGACACAGGAAAUUUUAGAAGGAUUGUUAGUGGCAUUUUUACUUGGGAGCAACGUUUGGGUGGGUUUUUAAACUUGCAAGGAUGGAGUUUAUUCUCUCUCAUCAUUCGUGUAAAAAAUGUGUAGAACUAAGCCUAGUGCAAACUGUGGCUAUGUUGUGAAGAAUUGGUUGGUUGUGUCAAUUUAACCCAAUAGAACAAUGUGACAUUGUGAUUUUUUUUUUUUCAUCGUGAAAUUGUUUGACAAUUGAAUAAAGUGAAAUGAAAUCAAUGGUCAUUCUCUUGAUGCCUCA